UACAAAAGCCAAGAUGAUAUUUAAGGAUUUGAAGAAGCGUCGACCAUUUUUAAGUUUCAUGUGAUACGGCUCUGUUUCAUAAACUGAAAAAAAAAGUAUUGACACUGUAGACUGAAUUGUUUAAGCUUAGGUCUUGAUUGAGAGUCUGAUACUCGACGAACAGAUAGAUACUACACCCGCUAUCUUGCUCUGGACAAUGGAAGCUCUGGGACAUCCGUCCCUCAACUCUCUCUCCUCCUGCGGCCGUCGUUACCAGGGACAACAACAUUGCACGAGGCUAUUGGGCACAACCCGUUGCCUCAAUUACUCGGAGCCGUCUUCGGUGAAAUGCAGGCCCUUUUAUGGAACUCGCCACAGGGGAUUGAAUAGCAUUCGGGUGCAAGCAGUUGAGGAAGAUUAUGAGGUGAGGCAAAUGAAGGACAUGGCUGCUGCUAGGAAGAGAUGGGAAGCUCUGGUCAGGGAAGAAAAAGUCAAAGUUCUGACUCCGAGGGAAGCUGGUUAUGCAAUGCAACUCUCUAACAAAACCUUGCUCGAUGUACGCCCCUCUACAGAGCAUAAAAAGGCAUGGGUUAAAGCGUCAACAUGGAUUCCGAUCUUUGAUGUUGAUUCUAGAUUUGACGCUGGAACUCUUUCCAGAAAGGUCACGAACUUCAUGAUGGGAGGUUGGUGGAGUGGUGUGCCUACACUUUCGGUUGAUGGCCAAUUUUUGUCAAAGGUUGAGGAGAAAUUUACAAAAGAUACAGACCUUAUUGUUGGAUGUCAGAAGGGAUUGAGAUCUCUAGCAGCAUGUGAGCUACUGCAUAAUGCCGGUUACAGAAACCUUUUCUGGAUUCAAGGGGGUCUUGAGGCUGCCGAUGAAGGGGAUCUUGAGAGGGAAGGUCCCGUUCCUUUUAAGCUUGCUGGAAUUGGUGGUGUUUCAGAGUUCCUUGGUUGGACUGAUCAACAAAGAGUUGCAGCUGCGAAGGAGGGUUGGGGCUACCGAUUAGUCUUCUCUGCUCGUCUGGUUGGAGUCUUUCUUGUUGCCGAUGCCUUGUUAUUUGGGGCUCAGCAAGCCGCCCGUUAUCUUCAGGAAAUAAGGUCCCACUGAGUGUUUGUGACAACAUCUGAAGUACUCACAAAAGUGGAGAUGACAAUUUUGGGUUUCUCGACUCGUGGUUUGCUGGGCAUCCCGAUAUUGGAAGCGAGACUACACCAUCCAAAAGCUAUUCUCAAAUUUGCCUUUAUGCAAUGUCCCUGCAUAUCCUUUUCAGGCCCUGUUCUGUGAUACCUUAGCAAUCGAAUUCGCUAGUUCCGUCAUUGGUAAAGGGAACUUGCUGUAAUUUUGCCUUGUUAAAUUUCAAAUGAGAAUGUUUUUUUUUCCCCGAGAUGAUGGUUCGAGUGAAUGUUUGUUAACAGAUAAUAUAGUGAAUUAGUGGUUUAUAUGUAGGUUUGAUAUUUUAUCCACUAGUUAAAAAAUUGUAGACUCCAGAUUUUUUAUUUUGUCAUUAUUCAAA